AUGACAUCCUCCGUGUUUUGUUUUCCUGUAGGAAAGUCCUCGUUGACGAUUCAGUUUGUGGAAGGCAAGUUUGUGGACUCCUAUGAUCCAACGAUAGAGAACACGUUUACCAAGAUGAUCACGAUAAACGGCCAAGAAUACCACCUGCAGUUGGUAGACACAGCGGGACAGGAUGAAUACUCUAUAUUUCCUCAGACCUAUUCCAUAGAUAUCAAUGGAUACAUCUUGGUCUACUCUGUCACGUCUAAUAAAAGUUUUGAAGUAGUUCAGGUUAUCCAUGAAAAACUUCUGGAUAUGGAAAGCUCAGUGAUUCCUAUUAUGUUGGUGGGAAAUAAGAACGACCUGCACAUGGAAAGGGUGAUGAGCUGUGAGGAAGGGAAGUCACUAGCAGAAUCAUGGAACACUGCCUUCAUGGAAUCCUCAGCUAAAGAGAACCAGACGGCGGUGGAGGUGUUCAAGCGGAUGAUCCUGGAGGCGGAGAAGCUGGAAGGCGGCGUCCAACCAGGGAAGACUUCCUGCUCCUUAAUGUAG